AUGACUGAGCUCAGAACUGAAUCCAGCGGUGGAUUGUCGCACAUCGUGAACUCCGGCCCCGUGUCGAUCAUGGCAUACUGUGGGUCUUCCAUUUUGAUGACCGUUACCAACAAAUUCGUGGUCAAUGGUGCCAACUUCAACAUGAACUUUGUCAUGUUGUUUGUGCAAGCCUUGGUGUGCACAGCGUGUCUUGCAGUGUUAAAAAUGCUUGGCUACGCCAAAUUCAGACCUCUCAACAAAACAGAUGUGAAAAAUUGGUUCCCCAUCUCACUUUUGCUUGUGGCCAUGAUCUACACGUCUUCGAAAGCGCUCCAGCACUUGGCAGUCCCCAUUUACACCAUUUUCAAGAACUUGACCAUCAUUUUGAUCGCUUACGGUGAAGUGUUGUUCUUUGGUGGUAAAGUCACCGCCAUGGAACUAUCGGCUUUCGUCGUGAUGGUGUUGUCGUCUGUCGUUGCAACUAUGGGAGAUCAGCAAGCCUUGUCCUCCAAAUCUGGUGUCGAGGCAGCUCAGGACCCUACUGCUGGCUACUUGUGGAUGUUCAGCAACUGCAUUGCCUCCGCUUUGUUUGUUUUGGUCAUGCGCAAAAGAAUCAAAUUGACAAACUUCAAGGAUUACGACACCAUGUUUUACAACAACAUCUUGGCCUUGCCUGUUCUUUUGGUCUCCUCUUUCAUCUUGGAGGACUGGUCUGCCGCUAACGUGUCUACCACUUUCACUCGGGAAUUCAUGACUGCUUUGAUCAUCUCCGGUUUGGCCUCUGUUGGUAUUUCCUACUGUUCCGGCUGGUGUGUGAGAGUCACAUCCUCUACUACCUACUCGAUGGUAGGUGCUCUUAACAAGCUACCUAUCGCUCUCUCAGGAUUGGUCUUCUUCGAUGCUCCAAAGAACUUUUUGUCCAUUUUCUCCAUCUUUUUGGGUUUCUUGGCUGGUUUGAUUUAUGUCGUUGCCAAACAGAAGAAACAACAACAAACUCCCAAGGCUUAA